AUGACCGAAGUGACACGCUGGAUGGAUUUCCUGCUGCCAAAAAUGCGACGUUUUCUGUACACCUACGGUGGUCCGGUGAUCAUGGUUCAGCUGGAGAACGAGUAUGGUUCGUAUUACACCUGUGAUAAAAAAUAUUUGGAACAACUGUACGAUAUGGCUCGUGUUCAUUUGGGCAAUGAGAUUAUUUUUUUCACCACGGACGGGCCGUCUGUGGGCUAUCUCCGAUGUGGUUCAUCCGACCCGCGUUAUUUGGCCACAAUCGAUUUCGGACCAACUUGGGUAUCGCCAAACCAGAGCUUCAGUUCGCUGGAACAAUUCAGACCAAAUCAACCUUGGGUCAAUAGUGAAUUCUAUGUCGGCUGGUUCGAUGCGUGGGGCGGAGAGCAUGCUCGAACGGAUGCAAAAUACAGCACCGACAGCCUGAUUCGCCAAAUGAGUUUCUCUGGACGGGUCAAUGUGAACAUGUACAUGUUCCACGGCGGUACCAACUUUGGCUACACAGCGGGCACACCGGAUCAGGUUCCGUCCACAACAAGUUAUGACUACGAUGCGCCAAUAUCAGAAGCUGGAGAUGCGACACCCAAGUAUAGGAUGCUGCAAGAAGCCAUUCAUAAAUAUGAAGGCUUUGCCCUAUACACCACUGAACUGCCACAACUCGAUAACGGAGAGGUUACAUUAGAUUUCACCCGGUUUGCCGACAUUGCCUAUGUGUACACGGCGGAUAAGCAACGCACGCAAUUGAAAUUACACGCUGUGAUCUAUAAGAACACAAAAUCAUGCAAAUUCACACUGGACGAUCAAACGCCUAGAGAGCUUCUCAUGAUUCUUGUGGAAAACCGAGGUCACAGAAACUACGGUAACGGAAUGAAUGAUAAUGCCAAGGGUGUUUUAUUCGUGAACGGCUUCAACCUUGGACGAUACAACAUGCCACAAGGACCACAACUACGUCUCUAUUUACCUGCUCCGGUCCUUCGAGUUGGAAUAAAUACUGUCACCAUAAUGGAACUGGAAGGUAUCACACCGAAAGGAGAUGAGAAUGGAUUGUUCAUCACGUCCUACACUGAUCAGGCUUGGUCCAGAUAA